GCACCCCAAGAUGACUAUGAAGCUUUCACCCUAGCCUGACUUCAGCUGUCAAUUACCCUUUACUUCUAGACUGGCCAUCUAGCUAGAUGGAACACUUGUUGACUAGGUAAAGAUAAAAAGCCUUGAAAAAUGCCAGCCAUGAGGAGCUUGAGCCGAGCUGUCAAGCAGGUGCUGCAGAAACCUGGCUGUGGCUGUCAAGUUGCUGUUGUGCCGGUUAGGUGUCUUGGUUUCUCACCACGGCAGGUAGCUUCAGACGCCAGCUUUCACUCGGUGUCGUUCUCAGAAUCGGACCAUCCACGGGUGUUAAUUACAGGGGGACUUGGCCAACUUGGAGUAGGACUUGCUAAGCUCUUGAGAAAACGCUUUGGAAAGAACAAUGUAAUCCUAUCAGAUAUUAGGAAGCCCCCUGAUAAUGUCUUUCAUAGCGGUCCUUUCAUCUACUCUGACAUUUUGGACUACAAGAACCUCCGUGAGAUAGUGGUGAACAACCGGAUUACGUGGCUGUUUCAUUACAGCGCUUUGCUCAGCGCUGUUGGAGAAGCCAAUGUCCCUUUGGCAAGAUCUGUGAAUAUCACCGGAUUGCACAACAUUCUUGAUAUUGCUGCUGAGCACAGCUUGAGACUCUUUGUCCCCAGCACAAUUGGAGCAUUUGGACCCACGUCCCCUAGGAACCCAACUCCCGAUCUCUGCAUCCAGAGGCCAAGGACAAUCUACGGUGUUUCCAAAGUUCAUGCUGAGCUCAUGGGAGAAUAUUACCAUUACAGGUAUGGACUAGACUUCCGGUGCCUAAGAUACCCUGGUAUUAUCUCAGCUGAUUCCCAGCCUGGUGGGGGAACAACUGAUUAUGCCGUCCAAAUCUUCCACGAUGCGAUGAAGACGGGCAAGUUCCAGUGCAACCUCAAACCCGACACCCGCCUCCCAAUGAUGUACAUUGAUGACUGCCUGAGAGCUACCUUGGAGAUCAUGGAAGCCCCUGCUGAAGGGCUGAGCAUGAGGACAUACAACAUCAGCGCUUUGAGUUUUACUCCCGAGGAGCUGGUUCAAGAGGUCCAGAAGCAUAUUCCAGAACUUGAAGUUUCCUACAAAGUAGAUGCUGUCAGACAAGCCAUAGCUGACAGUUGGCCGAUGAUUUUUGACGACAGCAAUGCUCGCCAAGAUUGGGGAUGGAAACACGAUUAUGAUCUACCAGACCUGGUGAACACCAUGUUCACCUUUCUCGACUCGGCCCGCUCCAUUUCCAGGGUUGCCCAGGUCAACUGACUCUCCAGGUGUGAGGCAGCCUCAAGUGAUCAGCUGGCAAGACCUGGGCAGCGCCAUCCUGAGUGUUCAUCUGUUUUGAAGUCUUGAAGCAGCACAGCAGCAGAAUACCAUCUUCUAGGAAGGCUUGCUCACAUCUCUGUUCAUCUUUCUUCCUGUUUGCCCCCCAUCUCCUGUGCACUCACAUAGAUAAUUUCAAAAGCACUUCUGGAUGCUGUGUAGCUCCUGCGUUUCACAGAAAAACAUCAUUCCUGUCUCAUAAUGUGCAACUUGUUUGCCUCAGACUCCAACAAAUGUUCACAGGGACAUUCUCUCCCUCUUGAGUUCCUCUUCCAUGUGAUCAAAUAUUUGGCUUAGUUACUGGAUGAUAUUCUGUGGAAUUGUAUUCACAUAGAGAUAUUACAGGCUCUUACUAUCUGCACUUUCUGGAAACAAUUGGGGAUAUUUCUGUUCUGAUAGGCUGGAUAAAUGAGUCUUUACUUUC